AGGUGUUGGGUUCAAAGGCAUUUAACCCUUGGGAUGUGCGAUCUUGAGGGCGUUGGAUGUUAAUAUAUUCAAUAACAAAAUUUGUUGAGCAGCCAUGUCAAUCCUGUCACUGAUCGGCUGGUAUACUCUACCCAAGUAUGCAACAAACACAGUCCUUUAUGUCUACUAUGGAAUCACUAUUCGAGCAGGGGACCCCAAGCCGCAACCGGGCUCCCCUCGAUAUGCCCGAGACCGCCGUCGUGUUUUCAUCGCUAUCGUGAUCGCUUAUCUGCUCUACAAUCUCUAUGAGAGCUACCAGAAAAUCCAGAACGCAGGCAACUUUUACGAGGUCCUAGGAGUGUCGCCACUAUCAGACGAGAGGACAAUCAAGACCCGAUUCCGUCGUCUGGCUGCUCAGCACCACCCAGACAAGUUAGAGGCUGGUAGUUCCGGUGACGUCUUUAUGUACCUGAAGCUGGCGCAGGAUACACUCACAAGCCCCGUAAAGCGAUAUGCCUACAAUAUGUGGGGACCCAGGAUUAAUGAAUGGGGUAAUAUUGACACAGCGCACGGUUAUUUUGUUGCUGGAUUGAUGAAAACUAUCCCGACCUACGUGAUGUCAUUCUUGGGGCUUCUUCUUUUGAAUUACACUUGGUGGUCUGAUUGGGGCCGUUAUUGGCGUUUCUUUGCAUUUGCUGCGCUGUUCUCAUUGAAUCUGUCCUUGAUCAGCCAUCAAGGUCCGGUCUUUAUCACCUCCACAUUCUUUCUGCUCCCGUGGCAGAUUAUGACCAUGGCAGAAACCAUUUCUGUCAGCCUACAUAUAUUCAUAUCGCAGAUCGCUCCUCCUGAGCCAAAGGACACGGGAGCAGGCGAACGCCUCCAUCCACAGACUACCCAGCGUCUUGCACAGCUCCUACACCUCAGCAGAGCCACGGACACCGAAGCAACGCGGCUUCUGCAGCUGGGGUUCGCGCCGUUCCAGGGCGAUAAAGACAGUGUUGCAACCCUGCGGAAGGGCAUGAAGGAAGGCUUGGUCCUCAGCAGUGUACGAGGCAGUUCGGGGGUGCAGCAAGCCGUGAGGCAAGUAGCAGAACGUAAGAAUCAGGAGAAGAAAGACGGCUAAGGGUUGACAUAUCACAUGCAUUUAUAUACAUACACAGCGUUGCCGGGCAAUGUUAAUUCAUUCUUGUAUUUAUGAGUAUUUGGAAACUGUCUAAGUCAAUAUGAGAGACUGAGGAAUUGGGUGUGAAUUGAUAGAAGUUGAGCUUCAACCCUGUCUUCACAGCAAAUGAAGAAUGAAGUACAGAGUAUUGUCUUGGAGUUGGGACUAGCAAGCAUGAUGAUAGUGUAACCUGGUUAUGUGCAGUGA